AUCUCGCGAGAACUGUCAUCACGUCCGACCUUUGGCACAGAUCCCCGGAUCGCGCUGUGCACAAGGACCAAGAUGAACAGAGCUCUGAACAGAACAAACUUGAGGCUCCUGUCGGGCCUCAUUCACCGGUUUCAGAGCACGCUGGUGGUCGCGGAGCACAGCAAUGACAAACUAACACCGAUCACCCUCAACACCAUCACAGCUGCCAGUAAACUCGGGGGAGAGGUGUCCUGUCUUGUUGCGGGGACAGACUGUGCGAAGGUCGCAGAGGAGCUCAGCAAAGUCCAGGGAGUGAAGAAGGUUCUGGUGGCUCAACAUGACUGUUAUAAAGGCGGUCUUCCAGAGGAGUUGACUCCCCUCAUUCUGGCCACACAGCAGCAGUUUAACUUCACUCACAUUUGUGCAGGCGCGUCUGCCUUUGGAAAGAAUCUCCUGCCCAGAGUAGCAGCCAAGUUGGAUGUGGCCCCAGUUUCUGACAUCAUUGAGAUCAAGGCUCCAGACACUUUUGUCAGAACAAUCUAUGCAGGGAACGCUCUCAGUACUGUGAAGUGUAAUGAGCCGGUCAAAGUGUUCACGGUGAGAGGAACGGCGUUUGAAGCAGCAGCAGCUGACGGGGGCAGUGCAGCGUCUGAAACUGUUCCUGCCUCUUCAGCGGUUGGCGUUUCAGAGUGGAUCGAGCAGAAUCUGACCAAGAGCGAUCGCCCAGAGCUCACCAGCGCCAAGGUGGUCGUUUCUGGAGGAAGAGGACUGAAGAGCGGGGAGAACUUCAAACUGCUGUAUGAUCUUGCCGACAAAUUGAACGCUGCAGUUGGCGCCUCCAGAGCUGCUGUAGAUGCUGGAUAUGUGCCUAAUGACAUGCAAGUGGGACAAACUGGAAAAAUCGUUGCACCGGAGCUGUACAUCGCCGUUGGUAUUUCUGGAGCUAUUCAGCAUCUCGCUGGAAUGAAAGACAGCAAGACUAUUGUGGCCAUCAACAAGGACCCAGAGGCGCCCAUCUUCCAAGUGGCCGACUACGGGCUGGUGGCAGAUCUUUUCAAGGCCGUCCCAGAGAUGACUGCAGCCCUGAAGUGAUGCAGUAAAAUGUGAAUAACCUGGGCAUUCACCUUUGUCUUUUCUGAAAUCUGAGAGGAGCAGAGCAGCGGAGAGCACAGCUCCACCGAAAGGACAAACCGACUCCUGAAUCAUGUUCUCUGUAGAUGAUUUUAACAACUGUAUAUAUUUAAUUCUAUGUGAAACGUUAAAAUAAAAGUACAAUUUCUUGGAAAGAUGAACAAUUGUGAAAAUGUCCUCACAUGAUCCCCUCUCUCCCUGCUGUAAUUUCUGCUUAAACGUGCACUGUGUAACUUUUCUGGCUGCGCUCGUCUCCAUGGAGAUAUUACUCUUAUGUAAAUAAACUUGGAGAUCACUUUGGAAGCAGGUUAAUGGUCAUAUCUGUGGAGAGGCGAGCCCGUACAGGGUAAGAAUACAUGUUUUCUCCAUGGUGACAAGCAAGUAAAAAACCCUCCAUCUUAAAAGUUACACAGUGCGCCUUUAAUUUACAGCCUGGUUUUUCUUUUUCAAUGCACAGAACUCUGCUUUAAAUUGCAGCUCCAUUUUGGGUUUUUCUAGUUUACUGCUAAUAAAAAAAGGUUAUUUAAUACAAAA